GUUCCUAGCCGGGCCUGUUGGUAACCUUGCGGGCCUUGGGGCCGCAGCUACAGGGGUGGUGUUUGCGAGUCCGAGCGUCAGCCUGGCCAGGCUUGUUCACUGCCAGAAGCGCUGAGGGCCGCGGAGAGCUGGCACCGGGGUGCGGGGCUGCUCGGCCGACAUGUCUCUGGUGGCGGAAGCCUUCGUCUCUCAGAUCGCAGCUACAGAACCUUGGCCUGAAAAUGCAACAUUAUAUCAGCAACUGAAAGGGGAGCAAAUUUUGCUUUCUGACAAUGCAGCUUCUCUUGCUGUGCAGGCUUUUUUGCAGAUGUGUAAUCUGCCCAUCAAAGUGGUUUGUAGGGCCAAUGCAGAAUAUAUGUCUCCAUCUGGUAAAGUACCUUUUAUUCAUGUGGGAAACCAAGUAGUAUCAGAACUUGGUCCAAUAGUCCAAUUCGUUAAAGCCAAGGGCCAUUCUCUUAGUGAUGGGUUGGAUGAAGUCCAAAAAGCAGAAAUGAAAGCUUACAUGGAAUUAGUCAACAAUAUGCUGUUGACUGCGGAGUUGUAUCUUCAGUGGUGUGAUGAAGCUACAGUAGGGGAGAUCACUCAUGCUAGGUAUGGAUCUCCUUACCCUUGGCCUCUGAAUCAUAUUUUGGCCUAUCAGAAGCAAUGGGAAGUCAAACGAAAGAUGAAAGCUAUUGGAUGGGGUAACAAGACCCUUGACCAGGUCUUAGAAGAUGUAGACCAGUGCUGUCAAGCUCUUUCUCAAAGACUGGGAACACAACCAUAUUUCUUCAAUAAGCAACCUACUGAACUUGAUGCCCUAGUAUUUGGCCAUCUGUACACUAUUCUUACCACACAGCUGACCAAUGAUGAACUUUCUGAGAAGGUGAAAAACUACAGCAACCUCCUUGCUUUCUGUAGAAGAAUCGAACAGCACUAUUUUGAAGAUCGAGAUCCCUGGUUUUUUUUUUUUCCCUGUUGGAGUAAACAAGUUAUACAGUAUUGAAAACUCGUACAGCAAAUAGAGAAGCUGAAAGACAAGAUGAAAACACCAUGAAGAAAAUGUGAAAUAAUCUACUGAUGACCACACUUGGAAUCUCAAAAAGAAAAGGCAAAGCCAGUGAUGAAACUAAGGUGUUGAACUCUUAAAGCUCUGGGCUUUGAAAUUAAAAAAAAAAAAAGACACUCCACCUAGGUGUUUAUCAAGAAUU